AUGGUCCUCAACCAGGAGAAGCUCGCCAAGCUCCAGGCCGCCGCCCAGGCCAACCGUAUCGGUGGCAAGGGUACGCCGCGAAGGAAGGUCCAGAAGAAGCCCAGGGGCCCCGGCGGCGGAGAGGACACCAAGCUCCAGGCCGCUCUCAAGAAGCUCCAGGUGCAGCCGAUCUCGGGUGUCGAGGAGGUCAACAUGUUCAAGGAGGACGGCAACGUCCUUCACUUCCAGAAGGCCCAGGUCCACGGCCUGACCAACGCCAACACGUUUGCCGUGUACGGCCAGGGCGCCGACAAGGAGCUCACCGAGCUCGUUCCGGGAAUCCUCAACCAGCUCGGACCGGACUCGCUCGCCUCGCUGCGAAAGCUGGCCGAGAGCUACCAGGCCAUGAACGCCCAGCACGCCGCCUCGCAGGCGGCCGCCGGCGGCGCCGACGCAAAGGACGACGACGACGAGGUGCCGGACGUCGUCGACAACUUUGACGAGGCCGGAAACAAGGAGGCCGAGGUCGACAAGCUCGACUAG